ACUGCAUUUGCGCUAGAAAGCCCAAAGCGCCGGUGACUCAGUGACUCAGUGCGCAGGAAUCGCUCGAAUCAAUAACUCGACUCACCUUCUAUUUAUAGUUAUGAUUUUGCGAAUUUAGAGAGAGAGAGAGAGUGUAUGUGCGUGUGUGUGUAAGCUAUGGAUGUGUGUGUUUAUUGGUAUUAGUAUAUAAGCUAUGGAUGCCAAAUCCAAUGCGUCUCGAACUUCGGAGAGAUUCUAGAGAGAGUGAGAUUGUAGAGAGAGAAAGAGAGUAAUGACGGAGUCCAGUGAUUCCGUCUCAGUGGAUAUGGAGCCCCUUCUUCUCGCCGGGAAGGAGCAUAUUGUGAAAACUAGCUAUGGUUCUUUGUCGGUGGCUGUUUUUGGAGACUGGGACAAGCCUGCCCUAAUUACUUACCCCGAUUUAGCUUUAAACUACGUGUCUUGUUUCCAAGGUCUCUUUUCUUGUCCAGAAGCAUUUUCUCUUCUUCUCCAGAACUUCUGUAUCUAUCACAUAAGUCCUCCUGGGCAUGAGAUAGGAGCUGCAGUGGCUGGGAAGGAUGAACCUUCAUUAUCUGUUGAUGACUUGGCUAAUCAGAUUGCUGAAAUCCUCGACUACUUUAGAGUUGGUAAGGUUAUGUGCCUGGGCGUGACAGCUGGAGCUUAUAUACUUACCUUGUUUGCUAUAAAGUACCCAAAACGAGUAAUGGGUUUGAUUCUUGUUUCUCCUCUAUGCAAAGCACCAUCGUGGAAAGAGUGGCUAUCCAAUAAGGUGAUAUCGAACUUGCUAUACAUGUGUGGCAUGUGUGGUUUGGCAAAGGAGGUGUUGCUUAUGCGUUACUUCAGCAAGGAAGUUCGCACCAGUGCUGAUGCACUAGAAUCAGACAUCAUUCGAUCGUGUAGAAGACUCUUGGGAGAGAGGCAGAGCUCAAAUGUUCAUCGGUUUCUUGAAGCUAUCAAUAGGAGACGGGAUAUCACACAAGGCUUGAGGAAACUACAGUGUCGAUCCUUGAUUUUUGUCGGAGAAAACUCUCCUUUCCACCACGAGGCUCUCCACACGAUGUCGAAGCUAGACAGGAGAUUAAGCGCGUUGGUUGAGGUUCAAGCAUGCGGAUCGGUGGUCACAGAAGAACAACCAGAUGCAAUGCUGGUUCCUCUGGAAUACUUCCUCCUCGGCUACGGCUUCUGCAGGCCAUCCCAAUUCAGUGUAAGCCCGAGAAGCCCGUUGAGCCCGACUAGCAUCUCGCCCGAGCUUUUCUCACCGGAAAGCAUGGGGUUGAAGUUGAAGCCAAUCAAAACCAGAAUCCAGAAAGAAGUAUGAGGGUAAUUUAAGUAUACAUACGGUUGGAGGAGAAUUAAUGAAAUUUUAUAGGCUGGAAAAAUUACUACAAAGGCUUUAGAUAUAGGAGAAAAAUAGAUAAAACCAGAUUUUAUUUAUCUGAACUUUAAUAGAUUUAUUAUGUGAAGCAGGGAUCUUUUAUUGCAAGAUGGUGUUUGAUUAUGUAUAUUCAACUAGUAUCCUUGCACCAUUUUGCAAUAGAGGAUCCAAAAUAAUAAAUGGUGGGAGAAAUUUUCAUUUACUGUAUGGUCAUUGUAUAUAUUUUCUUGAUAGUAAUAAUUUUUCCAUGAUUGUAUCAAGGUUAUUCUUUUUCUUC